AUGGGGGCCAUAUUAGCUCAACAAGCAGAAGAUACAAGGAUAGAAAACGCCGUGUAUUACCUCAGUAAGAGGAUGCUGGAAUAUGAGUUGAAAUACAACAAGAUAGAAAAGUUGUGCCUGGCUCUAGUCUGGGCCUGUACCAAGCUGCAACACUACCUCUCGUCUUCUGGGCCCUGUACCAAAGCUGCAACACUACCAAAGCUGCAGCACUAUCUCUCGUCCUACACCACCUAUGUUUCGAACCCCUUGAAAUUCCUUAUGGAGAGGCCGGUUCUAGACUGUAAGAUGGCUAAGUGGGUGUCAGUGCUCGCAGCCUAUGACCUGAAAUUUGUACAACGUAAGGCAGUAAAAGGCGGAGCUUUGGCUGACCAGUUAGCCGAAUUACCGGUCGAAGAUCAAAUGCCGAAGGUAGAAUUCCCCGACGAAAACCUGUUGCACCUGGAAAAUCAGGUCUGGGAGAUGUACUUCGAUGGAGCCUCGAAUUACCAUGGAAAUGGGAUUGGAGUUGUAUUCAAAACUCCUUGUGGAGAAUACGUCCCAAUUGCAGUUAAACUAGACUUUGACUGUACCAAUAAUGAGGCCGAAUACGAAGCCUGUAUCAAGGGAUAA